AUGCAAAAACCGCCCAAACUAUUGAAUAUCGAGGAAUAUAAAGGAUGGCAAGAACGGUUUGAAAAUUGGGUACAAGCAAACUAUUUAGAUUCUUGGGAAUGUGUGGAAACGAAGUAUGUUAGACCAAAGAACGACGAUGAUAAGGAAGUUGCGAUUAAAGAUUUGAUUGGAGAUGAUAGGAAGAAAUACAAAAACGAGAAAAUGAUGCUAAGUUUGCUACAACAAGCCAUAAAGGAAGAUAUUUUGGUGUUAUUGCAACAUAAUGGGAGUUCAUAUUCGAUUUGGAAAGCGUUAAAAUCAAAAUUUAAAGGAAGUGGAGAGAUGGUUAAAAACAAGAAAUCACUUCUAAAGAAAGAAUUUGAUUUAUUUCGUGGAUUGGAGAAUGAAACUACAAAGGAACUCAUUGAACGAUAUUCUUGUUUGAUUGAUCAAGAAGACGAAAAGUUACCCGAGGGAUUUAGCUGGGAGAAUUUCUCCUGGGAUAACUAUAUUCUUGAUCAAGCUACAGCUCAUACAGCUUUUGUUGCCAGAAUUGAAGAAGACAGUGAUAGUGAUGAUGGCACUAAGUAUUAUGCAAAAAGAAUGGCUGAACAUUUGAAACAAAUGGCAGAAACUGAUAAUGAAGAUGAGAAAGUCAAGAAGAAAAAGAAGAAAGAUUUAUCUGACAGCUGA